AUGUCGGGAGAGUCGAGGCGAGCAUCAUAUAUAUCCCUAAAGGAGGUGAAACGACACGAUAAACCAACCGAUUUAUGGAUUAUUCUAUAUAACAAAGUUUACGAUGUAACUGAUUUCACAAAGGAGCAUAUAGGUGGCAUAGAAGUAUUACAUGAUUGCGGGGGCGCAGAUGCCACUGAAGCAUUUGAAGAUGUGGGUCAUUCUGAUUUUGCUGUUGAUUUACUACAACCUUUCUUUGUCGCAGAUGUAAUGCCUAGCGAGUGUCGAAGCUACAGGUCAACUUUAUUUAUGGAAGAGCAAAAAGGAUUGAUAAAAGAAAAGAACCGCAGUAAUGAUAAGAGUUUAUUACUGAACUUUGUUCGAGUCUUUAAUUUUCGAUUUAAUGAAUGGAUAAGCAUUUUUUGGUUGGCUUGUCUAGCCAUUGGUUCGUUUGUUUUGUUGAUCAUAAUACAAGGACUCAAAUAG